AGCGUACUUAAAAAAACCUAUUGUAAAAAUACAUUUAUUAAUGUACCAACUUUGUAAAUAUUGCAUAUUAAACAAACAAAUGAUCAGUCAUACAUUCAUGUGUUAUACUCACUGAACCAAUAUUUUUUUUCCAAUCAUUUCAUGUAGCCUAUUCAAUUUUCGAACUUGGCAAACUCAAGUUUAUUUCCACUGAUCUGGGACUUCAUAUACCAGAAUAAUCUCACAUGGUAACGGCGUUCUCUGUUUUAUCUUGCGAUCACGAUGUUACUUUGAAAGUGUCAAUUACGUCAGUCGCAUCGGAGCAGCCGACAACUUACACACGUGCUACUCGUUCUAGGCAUUAGCAAAUAAAAAUAAUUCAUCAUGAAAGUCAAACGCCUUAAAAAAGCAUCAAAACAUCUUAAUUUUUAUGUUAAUAAUUACAAAUUUUUUGCACCGUAUCAAAUCUUAAUAGAUGGCACAUUCACCCAGGCUGCACUCCAAAAUAAAUUUAACAUUGAACAACAAAUGCCUAAAUAUUUUCAAUCAGAAAUCAAGCUUUUGACAACUCAAUGUGUUAUUGUGGAAACUGAAAAGUUAGGGCCUAAACUGUAUGGAGCUUCACUCAUAGUUAAAAAAUUCGCUGUACAUAUUUGUGGCCAUGGUAAAAAGACAGUUUCUGGUUCUGAAUGCUUGCGAUCAAUGGUUGGUGCUAAAAAUGAAUCAAGGUACAUCGUUGCAACACAAGAUAGAUUGUUGCAGGAUCAACUAAGAAAUGUUCCAGGCUGCCCUGUUAUGUAUUUACAUGGAGUUACACCAACGCUUGAAGCACCUUCCCCAAAAGAUAAGGAGCAUUUAAAACAUCUUUUAGAUAAAAUAAUUAUGAGUGAAGAUCAAGAAAAAACUCUUCAAAUGUUGAAGAAAAAUGCCGGAAUAGUUGAAGAAGAAGUGAUUAAGAAAAAGAAAAAAAUAAAGGGACCGAAUCCCUUGAGUGUUAAGAAGAAAUCGAAUAAAAGUGAUAAGGCAAACACAGGUGUACAGGCUACAAAUAAUGAUAGAGUUGAUAAAUCUGGUAAAGUGAAAAAAAGAAAAAGAGUAAAGUUACCUGCACAUGUUAAAGAAGCAUUAAAAAGUAGUUGAUUAUUAUAAAGUUUUCAUUUUAUAUGCAAUUAUCAUUUGUUUUUUAGUAUUUAUAAAAUUACAACACAGCAUUUAGAAUGUACGAAAAUUUAUUUUAUAAUACACUUUUUACUUAAUAAGAAUAAAGUAUUUAUUCAACUUUUUUCAUA